UAAAAAUGAGAGGUCGCUUCUAGUAGCGCACGACUGCACGUUGUAGUACAAUACAUACCGAUUAUUCCAUUGCUAAAGAAAUUAUCGAAAGGAAUUUUUAUUUGUAGAGCAGAAUGGAUUCGUUAGGAAGUGGAAAUCUUACGGGAGCUCAGAAAAAUGAAUUUAUGGACCAAGUUAAACAACAAAUAGCUGUAGCUAGCGCUCAAGAAUUAUUACAGAAAAUAACUGAAAAAUGUUUCAAGAAAUGUAUAUACAAACCUGGCACAACUUUAGAUAAUUCUGAACAGAAAUGCAUUUCAAUGUGCAUGGAUAGAUAUAUGGAUUCAUGGAAUGUUGUAUCCAGGACAUAUGGAGGGAGACUAGUUCGAGAGAAAGGACAUAUGUAGCAUUAAAUUUGUUUUAACAUAUUCAUCUGUAGAAAUAUCUAAUGAAAAUAUUUUGAUUUGUUACAUUGAUUAUUGAUAUUUAAAAAAUGUAAAAUAUAAAAAUUAAAGAUGUAGAAAUUUUAAAAACAAAUCUACUGUGGAUUAUAUUUUUAUAAGUAUUGUUUUACAAUGAAAAUUUAGUACUUAGAUAUUAAGUAUUUGUAUACUUGUCACUCAAUUUCCAGAUAAAAUAAAGUCAUC